AUGACGACCACCGGAGAUAGCACAUAUGUGUUCCCUUACCCUGCGCAGGGGCACAUCAUGCCACUUCUGGACCUAACCCAAAAACCUCUCUCCUCACCCCCACUUCUUUCCAAACACCCUUCCAUCCACACUCUCGUCUUGCCUUUCCCUGCGCACCCUUCCCUCCCCCAUGGCGUAGAGAAUGCCAAAGACAUGCCUUUUGUUGGCAUUCGUGCUAUAAUACACGCCUUGGGUGAACUCUACAAUCCUCUCCUAGAGUGGUUCCAGAACCACCCUUCGCCGCCGGUGAUCAUCGUCUCCGAUUUCUUAUUGGGGUGGACCCACCACCUUGCUUGCCAGCUCGGUAUUCGGCGAUUCAUGUUCUCUCCUUCUAGUGCUGUGUUCUUGUCAGUUUUUGAUUCAAUGUGGAGAUACCAGCCGAAGAGAGACGAUCCAAAUGAUGAGAAGGCUUUGAUCAAGUUUCCAAGAGUACCAAAUUGUCCAAUUUACCCUUGGUGGCAGCUCCCUGUCACGUAUCGUAGCUACGUGGAAGGAGACCCUGUUUCGGAAUUCAUCAAAGAUGGGUUUUUGUCUAAUAUGGCGAGUUGGGGACUCGUGGUUAACUCGUUUAAUGAGUUGGAACGGGUUUAUUUGGACCAUCUAAUGGAGAUAUUGGGCCAUGAUCGGGUUUGGGCUGUUGGGCCAUUACUCCCUCCUAUUGAUGAUCAAUCUGGCCUAAUUGAGAGAGGUGGGUCCAGCUCUGUGCUGCCAAGCCAUGUAUUGACUUGGCUUGACACGUGUGAAGAUCGCACGGUUGUGUAUGUGUGUUUUGGGAGUCAAGCACUGUUGACAAACAAGCAAAUGGAGGAGCUAGCACUAGGGUUGGAGAAAAGUGGGGUCAAGUUUAUAUGGUGCGUUAAGGAGCUCAUCAAAGGACACGUGGAGGGACAAUAUGGUGUGGUUCCAUCUGGAUUUGAAGAUCGUGUGGCAAAGAGGGGACUUGUUAUAAGAGAGUGGGCUCCACAGGUGUUGAUCCUGAGUCACCAAGCUGUGGGUGCAUUCUUGACUCACUGUGGGUGGAACUCGAUCGUAGAAGGAAUAUUUGCUGGGGUGCCAAUGCUAACUUGGCCCAUGGGGUCUGACCAGUUUGUAAGUGCAAAAUUGUUAGUGGAUGAGCUUAGGUUGGCAACUCGAGUUUGUGAGGGUGCUGAAGCUGUUCCGAACUCGGAUGAGUUGGCUCAGUCAUUAGUGGAUGUAGUAUGCAAGAACCGGGUUGAAUUGGUUCGAGUUAUAGAGUUGCGUGAGGCUGCAUUGGAAGCCAUUAAAGAAGGUGGAAGUUCAUCGAAAGAUUUGGAUGAUUUGAUCAGGCAUCUUUCGGAAGGUUAUUCAUGAGAAAUGAAUAAAUACUGUUAGCUAUUAAUUUUAAAUGUCCAAUCUAUCUAGACUCCCCCUUUUAAUUGUUUUUUAUAAGAAUAAUGUUAUAUGCACCAAUUAGUCCCCUAAUUAGUGUAUAUUGAUGAUGUGAUAUAAUUUAAAAUAUUUUUUAUA